CAACUUGACGCCCUAUGGAUCCAAUAUCUGACUCUUCUGGACGAAUAUACCAAAGCUCAGGCUGCCAUCCAAAAGCACAUGUCCUCUGGCUUCUUUACACUGGCCCAAGCCAACUUCAAAUCUUCACGGGGGAGAUAUGGUCAAGACUACUACGAUGAGCGAGCUGUUGCCACUACCCGUAUCAAGAUCGAUGCCGAGACCGACGCCAUAUCCUUAAAGGUCGAAAAGUUCAUCGUCAGAACCGACGAAGAGCAGCCCAGCGAGGAUCAAAGUCAAGAGGCAUCUUCCGAGCAUGAGAUGCAUGGACCCAAUGGUCAGUCGCAGUCUGAGCCAGUACAGUUGCCAUCGCCGGCACCCACGCCAGGACCGGAAAGUAAGCAGGAUCCUCCUGUCGAUUCAGAUGCAAAAGAUCUCCCCGAUGCAAUCACACCAGACACGAGCACAGAUCCCGCUCCUCCAGAGUCCGCGAGCCAAGAGAAGUGCAAGUCUCUGGUCAACUCUCAUGAUCCGAUCCGGUGGUUUGGUAUCCUGGUUCCAGCUACUUUGAGGCAAGCUCAGAACUCCUUUGUGACAGCUGUACGAGACGGAUCGACUGUGACUACAGCUGUGAAUAGUUCUCGUGGAAUGAGGGAAGUGGAAGUCGAGAUUCGCAAAUUGAGAAAAGCGAUCAAGAAGGAGGAAAAG